AAUGAUCAACGCAUAGCACAAUUUGAUUAGUUUGACGGGAGUGUAGAAAAGAGCAUUGUUUUAAUCAACAGAUUUGUGGUGUGAAGAAAGUUCCAAUCUACUAAAAUGUGUGACGAAGACGCAUCUGCUCUUGUCGUUGACAACGGAUCGGGCAUGUGCAAGGCUGGAUUCGCUGGUGAUGAUGCCCCACGCGCCGUAUUUCCAUCGAUCGUUGGUCGUCCGAGACAUCAAGGUGUGAUGGUCGGAAUGGGUAACAAGGAUUCCUAUGUCGGUGAUGAGGCCCAGUCCAAACGUGGUAUUCUUACACUGAAGUACCCCAUCGAGCAUGGAAUCAUUACCAAUUGGGACGACAUGGAAAAGAUCUGGCAUCAUACAUUCUACAACGAGCUGCGCGUUGCCCCAGAGGAGCAUCCAGUUCUGUUGACUGAAGCUCCAUUGAAUCCGAAAGCCAACCGUGAGAAGAUGACUCAGAUCAUGUUUGAAACCUUUAAUUUGCCAGCCAUGUAUGUGGCCAUCCAAGCUGUCCUGUCUCUGUAUGCUUCCGGUCGAACAACCGGUAUCGUCCUGGAUUCCGGGGAUGGCGUGUCGCACACUGUACCAAUUUAUGAAGGUUAUGCUCUGCCACAUGCCAUUCUCCGUUUGGACUUGGCGGGCCGUGAUCUAACUGAUUACCUAAUGAAGAUCUUGACUGAACGGGGCUACUCAUUUACCACCACCGCCGAACGUGAAAUUGUUCGUGACAUCAAGGAAAAGCUUUGCUACGUCGCUUUGGAUUUCGAGCAGGAAAUGGCGACGGCUGCCGCUUCUACUUCGCUGGAAAAAUCCUAUGAACUUCCUGACGGUCAGGUCAUCACCAUUGGUAACGAACGCUUCCGAUGCCCUGAGGCCCUGUUUCAGCCAUCUUUUCUGGGAAUGGAGUCGUGCGGAAUACACGAGACCGUAUACAACUCGAUCAUGAAAUGCGAUGUCGACAUUCGCAAGGAUCUUUAUGCCAACACGGUUCUGUCUGGUGGUUCCACGAUGUAUCCCGGUAUCGCCGAUCGUAUGCAGAAGGAAAUCACGGCACUGGCUCCGUCAUCCAUCAAAAUUAAGAUAAUCGCUCCUCCUGAGCGUAAAUAUUCCGUCUGGAUCGGUGGAUCGAUCCUGGCAUCGCUCUCGACUUUCCAGGCUAUGUGGAUCUCGAAGCAAGAAUAUGAUGAAUCUGGUCCUGGCAUUGUACAUCGCAAAUGCUUCUAAUCUGAUCAUACUCAGAUGUGUAGCUUAUAGUUCCUUAGUAUUAUUAUUUUAGCGUUAGCUUCGUCGAAAAACUUUUGUUUUCGAUCACUGCUGGAAAGAUUCCCAUGUGAUAUUUGAUAAAACUAACGUGUCCCAGGAUAUGCCGUGCCAAAGUGUGUGUGUGUGUGUGUUUUUUUUUGUCUCAUUUUAUGUAUCUUAUUUACGUCAAACUUUCAUGCCAUUGAAAAUUGAUUGUAUUAAUCACUGUUGAAUAGAUUUAGAAGUAUCUUACGCAAAUAAAAUGGUGUAAUUUUGAAUUACAACUAA